AUGAGAUCCGAAAGGAGUAAGAAAUAUGUUGAAGCGUUGGAGCAUAGUGAUGAGGAGAGAUAUGUACCCAGUGUGUCGUUUGACACUGUUCCGUUACUUGCUGGGAUUGCCUGCGAAUGUAAAGAUGUUGACCACGAUGAGCACAUAUUGGAAUACACAGAAGACGAAUUUUACGACAACGAAGCUUCCUACGAUAAUUCCAGGCAUUUGGGCUAUAGCAGCGAGUACAAUUUGGUUAAUUCAAAGAGAGAUGGGUUGGAUGGAUUCCAUAUCGGUAGGGAUGGCCGUAUCACACGAACAGAUUAUCCCACUCGACCAACGAUUGUGAACGAUGCGUUGGUUCUGAAUAGGGCUCACAAGGCUUGGUUGUCGCUAUGGCGUGACAGGAAGGCACAAAUCGAUUUGAGGCUGCAAUCUGCCUCCUCACAUUUUGUGUUUCCCGACAUUGUAGUACCAGCAGAAUCAAAUGCCAAAAUCACAAGUGCAGGUGGAUUCUCGCCGCUAUCGAAGGAAGAACGUAGACGAGCCCUCGUCAUCUCCAAAAAAGUUGGCUUUCCCAACUCACCACGAACCAUUGUGUGUCAUAUCAGUGGAAGAAAGUAUACCUGGACCGCUUUGGACUGGCUUCUCAAGCGCUUCUCCCAAGAUGUUGAUCAUCUGGUGAUUAUUGCUAAUAUUCCAAAAAUGUCCAACAGCAGGUCGCGAUCCAGAUCAAGGUCUCGUUCGGCAGCUAGAAGGAGCAGAUCGGCAGCACCUUCGCGACCUGUUUCUGGAAAUUUUGAAACUAUGCACAGAGCAUUUUCUGCAGGACCCACCGACGAGCAAAACAGAUACCAACAUGACGAGUGGCUUGAAUGGGCAUCAGGAUACGAUGCAGACCACAUAAAGCAAGUGCUGAAGAACAUAUUGGACUAUGUGGUGUGUAUUCUCCCGGGAAAUCGAGCUGUAAAAAUUACAGUCGAAAUCAUUAUCGGCAACACCAAGAAAAUUCUUGUGGAUAGCAUGAAUGUUUACUUUCCGGAUCUAUUGGUGCUCAGUUCUGUGCGGUCUGGUGAAAUUGAAAGCAUGGUGAAGUGGAAGUCAAGAUGUCUGAUAGACAAGGCCUGUCAAACGUUCCCUGUCCCUAUCGUUCUAGUACCCGUCAAAAAGCUGCUGGAACUAGAAAGCGAUGUAAGAGACGACCUGGACGAACAGAUCAAGGCUAAAGCAAUUGAGGAUAGUGCACACAUGGUACCGUUGCAGCAUGCGAUCACAGCACCUGGGGUGCUUGACCAUAUGGCAACUACAGAUCCCUCCAUCACCAAUUCAUCAGCUUCUGAAUCAGGAGAAACCUCGCCUUUGGUGAGUGAAGAUUCAGUUGUGGAUUCCUCGCUGUCUUCACCAAGUAAAGAUCCCUUACCUGCGGACACACAGUUGAGGGAUGAUUUAGUGGUUUUGCGGAGAAAAACCAAGGCCAAAAUCUCGGCUCUAGAAAAGAAUGACUCGCUGCCAAUGGACCAGCGGCUGAUCUCCGGUUUCGAUGCUAUACUGAACGCUACAUUGAAAUUUGCGGAUCUCCUUGAUGCGUUGAACCAAAGCACCGAAUCACUUGUUGAGUUGAAGAGGGUUUUCACUGGUGAGGGCAAGAAUCAUACGUCGCGUGGCAGGAAGUCUAUGCUCGAUGUACUCGGCUCACCAAAGUCUGCAAGCUCACACCGGCAACGGAAGAAGACGCCUGACAAGGCUGAAUUUCACCUCCCGUCAGCGCAAGCCAAUGAUCCAGAUGCAGCUGAAAAGAAUAGCAAUACGUCGAUACCCAAGAUUCAGAUCAAGUUCGCACCUGAAGUCAAGGGAAAUGAUGGGCGAAACACCACCGACCGUGAUGAAAUUGAAAGAACCCUAUCUUACGACGCUACUUUAAGGCCACACUUCUCCCACAGCAUGGAAAGCGCUCUCAGAGAAACCGAUUUGCGCAAAGUUCGCAGCGCAAGUAUUUUAAAGCCCUCGAAAUCGGCCACUAUGGGCCAAGACAUCAAAAAAAAGAGUAAAGGCAUUUUUUCGUUUUUCGGAGGUUCUGACAGCGGUGCAAACAGCGGCUCAAAUAGCCUUGCAAGCACACCGUCUUCGAGUAGGAGAAACAGUAGUGGAAGUGAGGUGACAGGUGUAACGAUGAACACGCCUAAAAAGAAGAAACGAUCGCGGUUUUUUGGUUUGCGGAAGUGA